UUUUUCAUUUUGAUUUUAAUAAUUUAUUACGAAAAGUCAAAAGUGCCAAAAGUGGUAUACUUAUACUGUUGUAUUGUAAAAACGCAAAGCAAUUUAAUGCAGAAAGUUUGAUAUUCGAGUUAAUCCUAAUAACUUUAAUUCAUUUUACUGUUGUAUAUACAGUUUUUCAUAAUAUAAAAAAAUACAGUUCACCUAAAUAGUCUCAUCAAUACAGCUAUCAUCGUAGUGUUCCUACAUCCCAAUAGUUAUUUGGAGUUUUGGUUUUAUUUUUAUAAAAAAAAUCUUCUAAAGUGGACAUUUUGGCGCUACCUGCAGCUGUCCAACACCGGUUGUUCAAACAUUUUUUCACAAAUAUAUUUUAGAAUAUAUGAACUGCCAACGUCGCACGCGCAUUAUCCGGCCAUCGAAUUUUCCAUUGGCAUUGCGCGUAAUUUGCGCCCAUAAAGAGGAUGAAGGGGAAAAAGGAACAGGAAUCAGAAACAACCGAGAAUGUAUGUCGUGAUUUCAUGCGCAAUGUGUGCAAUAGAGGCAAAUCUUGCAAAUUUUUUCAUCCUCCUGUCGAAGAGGAUAAGCGCAAAUAUGUAUUUUGCCAUGACUUUCAAAAUGGCAAGUGUAGUCGUCACGACUGCCGGUUCAUUCAUUGUUCUCGUGAGGAUGAGGAGUAUUAUAAUCGGACCGGACGCAUGGCACCAGAAGUGUUGAGGACGAUUGAAAUAACUGGUGCGCCUCCUUCUGAUGAUAUACCUAUUUGUAAAGAUUAUUUAAAAGGCAAUUGCCAUCGUAGCCAAGCUCAUUGUAAAUUUCGUCAUGUAGAUCAACCGCUUGAUGUACCUGUUAGAGGUCCUAAUGGUCCUUUCAAUUCACCCCAGCCAGCGAUGCCUCCUAACUUCGGUAAUGAGUUGUUUCGCAGACGCUUUGAUUAUGAUGAAGAGCCCGAUCCCAAGCGUAGGCGCUACGAAUUUGACAACAGAAUGCCGCUAGGGCGCCCAUUCCCCAAUCGCGACAUGGACUUUUCUGCGCCACCUGGGCCUGUGCAUCAACAGCCAUAUUGGUUGUUGCAAGAUGAGGUGGAAAUGUUGCGCAAGCGUGUGGCUGAGUUGAAAAAGCGCAAUGAGGAAUUGCAAGCGACUAAUGAAUUCUUGUUGGAACAAAACGCACAGCUGCGCAUAAAUGAACAAGCGCCCCUGCGCAGCACCCAGCAAAUGGUGAGCGCUAUACGCACCGUGACCACAGUCCCAGUCAGCUUGGCGGCGGUGGCUGCGGCCGGCACACCCGUGUCCAUAGCUACCGUCUCCAUGGCUCCAAUUCAGAUACCACCUGUUGUAUCUGGGUCUGGCCCGCCGCCCCUGCCGCAGCCAACUAACUCGCAGCCUUUGGUAUCUUAUCCUAUUGGCAGAUCGACAUCGGCCCAACACUAUAUCCAACCUUUAUGAACCGUGAAAAUGGAAACGUUGCUAAUAAGAAUUUGACAUUAAAAAAACAAAGAAUGUACAAUGUAUGGUUCAAUAAUAGAAUGUAAGAAACCGUUUUUUUAUACAAUUUGAGUACCACAAUAUUUUUGAUGGUAGAGAUUAAAAUCUCUUAAUUGUAAAAUGUAUAAAUUUAAUAAACAUAUAAGUUACUUCUUACUAAUUUAAUGUUUCGUUAACUAAAGCUAUUUGAAUUUCUAUUACAAACGUCUACAUUUGUUUUCUGAUUAAAACCACUAUUUAAUUGCUAUUAACCUGCACAAAUUAGACGUUUAAACCAUUUAUUUGAAGUAACACCAUCGAUUUUCUUAUCAAAGUAUAUUUUUUGUUUUUAUUGCGGGUGAAGGUCCUUGAAAAUCGAUCAUUGAAUUACAGUACAUUGGUAUAAUUUAAAUAAAAAAUUGUCAUACUGACUUUUAUAUUUUAUUUAUUUAUUUUCAUUGCCUCUUAAUUUAUUUUUAUUUCAUUGAAAUAAGUUUACUCAUCAUGUAAGUAUGUAAUCAACUAUUUCAUUACUAUAUUAAAAUUAUGGUUAUGUGUUAUAUUAUAAAUGUUCCAUAUCUGAGUAUUACAAUAUUAAUUAAUUUGUACAAUUUUGAACAGAUAUACUCAACGAUUAUCACUUUUCCAUUGAUAAUUAAUUAAUUGUAUAUUGUGUCAUUGUUUUUAAUAUUAAUAAUAAAUAUAGGUAAUUGGACCGAUUUUGUAAGUCGUGCAAAUAUUAAGUAGCCUAUGUGUUCUUUUAACUCUUUUUACUUCCACAUACAAUUUUAAUUUAUUACUUUUUUUGUCACAUACUAUUUUUAUAUGUAAAUCAACAAUUUUGUUGCUAAAUCAUCAUGUUUAUAUUUUAAAUUUAAUUAAUUUGUAUUUUG